AUGGAGUCGACACUAGAGCAACACCUUGACGAAACCAUGAAGAAUCCAGCAGUUGUCGGCGUUCUUUGUACGGACGAGCAAGGACACAACCUGGCAUGCCGUGGCUCGCUCUCGGACGAGCAUGGAGGUGUGGUGUCCGUUUUGGCCAAACAGGCUGCCGCGCUCACCAGAGACCCGACGGACAUACCCACCGUGUGCCUGGAGUCUGAUUCCGGGAACAUUUUGGUGAGAAGUCACGGGACUGUCACGGUUGCCGUUCACAAGAUUUCCUCCUGA